AUGUUGAAAAGCAGUGACCAAAUUGUGUUGGAAAGACGGCUCAAACCGAUAUAUGAUGCAAUUGAUGCAGGAAGUAACAAAAAAGCAAUGCAGGAAGCAGACAAAGUCUUGAAGAAACAUCCAACCACUCAUUGUGCUAAGGUUUUGAAAGCACUAGCUUUGAUUCGUGCUGACCGUGUGGGUGAAGCAUGGCCACUGAUCGAUGAAGUUGAGUCAGUGAAAGAUGAUUUCGAUGAAAAUACUCUUCAAGCUUUAUGUCACUGUUUUAAGGAAGCAUAUACACCUGAAAGAAUAUCUGUAUUAUAUGAGAAGAUCUGUGCUCGUUAUCCUAAAAACGAACAGUAUCUGACUCAUUUAUUUAUGAGCUAUGUUCGUGUACGAAAUUACAAGCAACAGCAGAAGACAGCUUUGGCAUUAUAUAAAGAAUUUCAACGAAAUCCAUACUAUUUCUGGAAUGUUAUGAGCAUCGUCAUGCAAGCAAUUACGGGGGAUCAGAAUUUAGCUCAGUCAACACUUUAUCCAUUAGCUGAAAAAAUGGUUACAAAAAUGAUCGAAUCCAAUUUGAUACAAGCUGAGGCUGAAUGUGAUUUAUACGUGCUUAUCUUGGAAAAUUCAGGACAAUAUGCUAAAGCUGCGCUCUUUCUUGAAACUGAUAAUUUGGCGCGUCGACAUAUAAAGCAUCCCGCUCAGUUUCUGUUUUACAAAAUUUUAAAAUUAUACCAACUGGAAGGUGAUCAUGAGACUGUUAUUGAACGUAGUAUCAAUGAAUUGAAAAAUAAUCCUGACGACUGGUCGCUAUGGACGUUUCUGUUUGAUUCGGCAUUUGCAUCUGUGAAGGAAUUUGAAGAAGAAGCAAGAAAAAGAUUGCUCGAUAGAGUUGUCGAACGAAUUUUGUCACUAUUAGCCGAACCGCUGAAUAAAAUACUCUUACGUGGACCAUUUCUUGCACGUCUAACACUGGUCAGGAAAUUAUUGGAAAAUGAAAUUGUAGCAAUCAGUCUAUUAGAUACGCUUAAACUUAGUAAUCCUGAUGAGUAUAUAUUUGAGUAUAUCCGUUUGUUCCAUAGCAAACCGUGUUGUUAUGUUGAUUUGAAGCCUUUUCUCUCCCUUAUAAGAGAUGACCAGGUUGAUGGUUUUAUACAGAGGGUUUCGGAUUUUAUCAGUUUAUUAAAAGAAGAACAUAAUCAAGAGAAAGGGAAAACCACAAACAUUCACUGGGCUGAUAUUAUAUAUCAACGUUUACGGCGAGGAUUAGGGCUUCAUAAAAAGCAGUCAGCAGUGGAAAAAAGAAGGACGGUCACUUAUAUGAUCAAAAUGAUUGAUUACUGCUCAGAUUCUGAUCUUGCUGCAGCUGCAUAUGCGCAUCUUGCUGCAAAUUUGCUGUGGGACCUGUACGCUGAUAACGGUGAUACUGAUGCACUAUAUGAAUUAAUAUUGCUGCUGGAAUGGGUUGUUAAAAAUCACCCAUCAGAUCCGAUCAGUGCUAUUGUUUUAUGUAAAGCUUAUUCAUCUAUUGGUGUUACAACUCAAGUACAAAGAUUUAUGCGUAAUUUGGAUAUAAAAUAUAUUCAAAGGGAUACUUUAGGUUAUCUUGUUUAUGGUUUGCUGGAGCAGUACGGUAGGUUUAGUAGUGCUAUAAUUCACUAUACAGAACUUGCCGCUUUUUUUGAUCAAACAGAAAAGGAGGUGUCUGAAUGUUUAACUACAGCUUACAAAAAUGGCAGUUUUUUGCAAGUGCCAAGACUAGUUGAAUUUCUUAAUAAAGUCAGCAAAUCCUUCCUUGCUGUCGGUGUUGAUAUACAGACCCGAGCGUUGAGUGCGUGUUUUGCAGUUGACAAAGUUCAGGUUGUUGUUGAUACUAUGUAUGGUGAUGAGGAACCAAUUGAUUUUUUUGGACUUGAAGAUAAUCGUGAUUUCGGUAUCAUACCAUCGUUUGAUGUUAAUAGGGAACAGCAAAAACUUAACGAAAUGAAGCAACGUACAUAUCAUGAGCAGUGUGAUGCAAUGAAAUUAAGCCACUUGCUAAUGAAGUCAAUAGCAGCUGUAGGUCAUUCCAAGUGUACGGUUAGAAAUUUGUCCAUUUUUUUGGAACAACUUAAGAAGCAUAUCGAUCAUUGCAGACAAACAUAUAAAAAGGAUGAAACUUUGCCCAAUUUGUUACAAUCUCCUCCACCAGUACAUUUAUACGAAUUAACAAAUACGCCAAAAAUGGAUUUAUUAUUGCUUUUAUUAAAAUCAGCUUCAAAUGUGGUGGAAUGUUCGGAACAAAUAACCUCAUCCAAUCUUAUUGAACAUAUUCAUGAGGAAAAAUUGCUUCGCUGUUUACCGGAUGUUACCGAAGUUGAAAAUUUAAUUAUUGCUGUUGUUGCUUCGAAUGUUGCUACGGGUGCACUUUGUUUCCAUUUAACAUUACGUCACUGCAGCAUGGUGCUACAAAUUCUUUCAUUUGCGCAGUUAAUUGUCAAAUUAUUGGAAAUGGUUCUGGAUAAUAUUUUUGGAUUUUCACUUGGUCAAGGAACUAGAAAAGGUAAUUCCUCGAAAAAUCAAAAGAAAAAUGUUGUAUUCAAUAAACUGCAUGAAGUGCGGACAAUGAUUAAUAAAGGUGUCACAUCGAUAAACACUCAGUUAUCUGAUGUUCAUAAAUUGCUCAGAAAUGAUGAUCUCAUUCCAGAAGUUAGUAAUGUUUAUGAUGAGGCAGUAUAUAUCAUAUUGCUCAAAGAGCAAGCGCAAGUCGAUUCUUCCAUUAUUGCCUCAUAUAACGACUCCAUUACUGAUAUGCAAAAAACCGUAAAACGUAUGCUAAAUCAGUCGCAAGCGUGA